CAGCCAUGUCUGCUUUUCCAACACUCGCCACCAUUCCGUUUGAUGUUUUCUACAUAAUUGCCACUUUUUUGGAUGACAGUGACUACGUCCAUUUAAGCCACACCAGCCGCACCAUUUAUGCUCUAUUGAAUGAUGACCUAAUUGCGCGAAGAAUUGUCGAGAAGGUCUUUGCUCAUAGCAGAGAGGGCCUCGCCGCCUUGGUUGCCCGAUCUGGUUACCGUAAGGCUAUCAUGCAUCGUUUCAACAUCAACGAAGCCGUAGCUACGGCUGCUCCAUAUGCAGUGGCGGUGCUGGCAUUUGCGACUGAUUUCCUCUAUCAGCAAGGAAUUCUAUGUUACCAAGUUCAGCACGAAAUUCGCUUGCUCAAUGUGCAUCAUGGUGACCUCCGAGAACGACUCUUGAAUUUAUACCAUAUUAUUCCUCGGUUAGACAGUGGCCUAGUAGCGACAGGCGUUGAUCCUAUCAACCAGGUCACACUCCUCUAUUUCAAAGAUGAGAUCCUCGUGUUUCGUCUAGAGGGUUCUGGAGGCCAGGGUAGUUGGUUGAUUGCUAUUGACACAACCUUCCGACAGACUAGACGCAAGCGACUACUCCUGCGACGGUCCAUUCCCUCGUCCACCCCUAUCUUUGUGCGGCACACUCGUUCGAAUCUAUGGUAUGGCACAUUCACGGCUACACAUGGUUUGCAAGGGCGCUGGCUAUGUUACGGCGUAGAUAUGGCCACCAAUAGGUUCAUUGAAUUCUAUUUCGAUUCUGUUGAGGGCUGGGAAAUUGGCCAAUCGAUUUGUUUUGAAAUGUAUGAGGACCACCUGUACACCGUCUCAACUCUGACAACUUCUGAUGACGAUGAACAUUGUUCUUUCUACUAUUGGUUCUGUUAUUCACCCCGACAGAAGGGCCAGAUCUGGAGUGGUCGCAUAUGGCGUCGUGAUCACCGUGAAGGCCCCAUAAAUGAGAUGUGGACGCAGCUUUCUAUUCAGUUUGAUGAGACUGCCGGGAGGCCAGUGAUCACUGAAUGUCGCCGUGAAUGGGCAGACGGGAACAGCGAAAACCAUCGAACAAAUUAUUUCGAAAACCUAUAUACACCCACAGAAUUACGGCUGAAAUACCCAGAAGGAGGAAUUAAGUCCCCUCCAUGGAGUGACAACUUCAACGGAGCUGCCAGCGGUCCGGAUACGGCUCACCUAGAUAGUGGCAAGCCGAAAAAGCGCCUGCGACGCAACUACCACCCAGAGUAUGAAAAUCAUGAUCAAACCCAGCGACAAGAAUUUAUUGCUGCGUACACCAAAUACCACUGCUACCACCUCAGCUCCUCAACCUUUCUCGAUCUUGUGAACGAUCCUGUGAGUCAAGCAGAUGGAGUUCACAUUUGUGAUUUCCUCCGUCUUAGAACAAUAUCGCGGAGGCGUAAAUGCCCAUUUGAUGACGAUGGUAUCGCCGGAGAACCUGGCCUCCUCUUUCAACCAACACAAUCGGACGCGAAUGGCCGCCGCCUCGAAGGGUCAGAUGAGCGCUUCGCCUCCCGUGGCAUGCACAUGUGGCCUCCAGAAGACGCCCCUGUUGAACUCCGCCGUCUCCUCUGCCCUUCCUCAUGCUCUGGCAACAUGCAGGCCAUCUUGGACGACCGCACCCUUGUUUACUCCGUCACUUCGCCAGGUCUACCCCCUGGCCAUCUAGCGAUAAUUCUGAUAAGCUUCGACCCUAUGCUUCAUAUCCCUACUCUCAAACCGCUGGGCAUAUCACGUAUACCUGCUCACGAGGCGAGUCCCUUCCCGGUAGCCCUGACAAAGCCAACUGAGUCAAUUAGAUGCCUUGUCAAGGAAGUUGUCCCACUUUACGGUGUCAUCGACCGGGGGUAUCGGCUCCGAUAACUCCGGAGUUUAGUGAUAUACAGAUGUUCCUAUUAUUUCAAUCGUUUACCUCAAGAAGAGAUCGGCAUCUGAGUACGUAGGAGACCCUUCACACCUCAGACAACGCCAAACUACCCCGCUGAUCACAUCGAAACGUUUUCACAAGACGAGAAUGGGCUCGAGUUCGUCUCAACUACUCUUGGGAUUCAAAGGAUUCAAUGAUAGAAGACGGUAGACGUGGCCGAACUACCUCUUGGUGCCGUUAUAUAGUAUAAUGCAGUCAUACUCACAAGAGGCGUUUACAAUUGCAUAAUGACAAAGCCCGUCGGCUCACAGAUGGAUCUCUGAUAAGGCUUUGUG